AUGGGUUAUGAAGUUGUUGGGACGUGGAAGCAGUUUGUCCACUGGGGACCAUUCAUUGCCUUAACUAUCAUCUUUACCAUCACCUGGGUUGCUGUCAGAUGCCACUUGAUGUGGUGGCCCCCACAUCUGAGCCUUGGUGGCUUCUUCAACAUUACUGUGUUUUUGUUGUGGGUGACGCUAACUCUCUACAAUUACUUUGCUGCAUGUGUCAAGGGACCAGGUUUUGUACCUUUCAACUGGAGACCGAAACAUUCUGAGGAUGAAAAUUAUCUUCAGUACUGUGAAUCAUGUGAAGGCUACAAAAUUCCAAGAUCACAUCAUUGCAGGAAGUGUGGCAGAUGUGUUAUGAAGAUGGACCAUCACUGCCCAUGGAUCAACACUUGUUGUGGUCACUUUAACCAUGCUAACUUCUGUUGGUUUUUGUUGUUUGCUCCUAUUGGUUGUGUGCAUGCACUUUUUAUCAUCAUCCCAUCCAUAUACAAGGCACUUAAUUUUCAUUACUAUUACCAUCGAAGACCAGACGAGCCUCUGGUGUACCUGGGGGUUUUUGGAUUUGUUAUAACCAUGUUUGCUGUAGGGCUGGCCAUUGGGGUCAUCAUCGCUGUGGGCAUGCUUUGUUAUAUUCAGAUUCGUAGUGUUUUAAAAAAUGAGACAGGAAUCGAGUCUUGGAUUAUAGAUAAGGCCUUGGACAGAGAUAGAGAGGAGGAAGAAGGAGAAUUUGUCUACCCUUACAAUCUGGGAUGGAAGGAGAAUUUGAGGCAGGUAUUUACCUGGUCAGGUCGACCUAAGUCGAAUGGUUACACCUGGGAUGUUGUCGAGGGAUGCAACCAGUUCACACUGACAAUUGAGCAGCUUAUUCAGAAGAGGGAGAAGAGGGAGAGGACACUGGAGUAUGUUAUAAGAGAGAAGUACUCUGGACGUAUGUUUCCCAUUUCUAAAGGCUUACGUAUUGGUUGUUGUGUGCCUUGUACAGAUGAGCCUCGUAUCCAGGUGGAUGUAGGAGACCAUGUUUUAGUGACGCGAUGGAAAAAGCGCUGGUUGUAUGGGUACAAGAUUCCUACAGAUACAGAUAGUAAAACUACAGGUGCAAGACAUGUUCGAGGAUGGUUCCCCCGCCGGUGUGCAGCAGAAGUCAUAGACAGUAACAUGAAUGACAAGAAGGAUGCAUAG